CGUGUAGGCCGCAGUGAAGCCUGAACUCGAGUAGGGCCCAAGCAAGCCAGGAAGGAGGAGGCAGCCUGAGUGUUCUCUGCAGCAGAAGACCCCUUGCUGCCCUGCUUAACCCAGACCAGCAUUUGCCAGGAAGCAGAAUGUGCUUACACAUUGUUCGUGGUGGCUCUCUUUUGGCUGACAGAAGCUUUGCCCCUGGCGGUCUCAGCUUUACUUCCUGCCUUAAUGUUUCCACUGUUUGGAAUUAUGGCUUCGAAACAGGUGGCAUCUGCUUAUUUCAAAGAUUUCCAUCUGCUGUUAACUGGAGUGAUUUGUUUGGCAACAUCAAUAGAAAAAUGGAAUUUGCACAAGAGAAUCGCCUUGAAAAUGGUGAUGCUGGUGGGUGUUAACCCUGCAUGGCUUGCCCUUGGUUUCAUGAUCAGCUGUGCCUUCUUGUCUAUGUGGCUUAGCAACACCUCCACUGCUGCUAUGGUUAUGCCAAUUGUAGAGGCCGUGGCUCAGCAAAUCAUCAAUGCUGAAGCUGAAGCCAUAGAAAUGACUCACGCAAAUGGAGCCAUCAAUCAUGCAUUGGAACUUGACGAAAAUAUGGAGUGCGAAGCAGGUGACUGGAAAGAGAAAACAAAGCAAGUUGAUGGAGACUGCAAUGGUAUUGCUCAUACAGCUCACACUGUGUGCAAGAUUGAAAAGGAAAAGAACCAAGCAUCAAGUGAAACAGGAGGAAAAUACCGAAGCCAAAGGGACCACAUGAUCUGUAAAGUCAUGUGCCUUUGCGUUGCCUAUUCAUCUACUAUUGGAGGACUGACUACCAUCACUGGAACUUCAACCAACUUGAUAUUUGCUGAGCAAUUCAAUACACGGUACCCAGGUUGCCAGUGCAUCAACUUUGGAUCCUGGUUUGUCCUUUGCAUCCCCAUCACUGUUAUCGUUCUGUUGCUUUCCUGGGUUUGGCUCCAGUGGCUUUUUCUGGGCUUCAAUUUCAAAGAAAUGUUCCAGUUUCGCAAGCCAAAGUCAGCCAAGGAGCUGGCUUCAGCACAGGUGAUUAAAGAAGAAUAUAAGAAACUUGGACCGAUGAGCUAUCCAGAAGUUGUCACCCUUGUCCUUUUCUUGGUGAUGGCCUUGUUAUGGUUUACUAGAGAUCCUGGAUUCAUCCCUGGCUGGUCUUCACUUUUCCCACAAUACCCAGGAUUUGCUACAGAUUCAACAGUUGCUUUAAUAGUUGGCCUCCUCUUCUUCAUUAUUCCAGCAAAAACAGUGUCUAGAACUUCAAAUGGAGAAAACAUUGUUUUUGAUUACACGCCACUGAUCACUUGGAAAGAAUUUCAGGCCUGCAUGCCCUGGGAAAUUGCCAUUCUUGUUGGUGGAGGGUUUGCAUUGGCAGAUGGCUGUGAGGUCUCAAGACUUUCACACUGGAUAGGAAGCAAAUUAACUCCACUGGGAUCACUCCCCGUAUGGCUGAUUAUCCUCAUCUCAUCUUUGAUCGUUACCUCAGUAACUGAAGUGGCCAGCAAUCCUGCCACUAUCACUAUAUUUUUGCCUAUUCUAGCUCCUUUGGCGGAAGCCAUUCAUGUCAACCCCCUUUACAUCUUGAUCCCUACAACUCUCUGCACCUCAUUUGCAUUCCUGCUACCUGUAUCAAAUCCACCAAAUGCCAUUGUAUUUGCCUAUGGUCACCUAACGGUUAUUGACAUGGUAAAAGCUGGUUUGGUUAUCAAUCUCUUUGGAGUUGCUGUUGUCAUGCUUGCUAUGAUGACAUGGGCCGUGCCUAUGUUCCAUCUUCAUACAUAUCCCAGUUGGACAGUCCCACAUUCUCUGGCUAAUACCACUGGAAUUUAAAAACAUAAUACAUGGCUCAUUUCCUUGUUCUUCCCCCUUGUGGUGUGAGCUGCUAGAUGUGCAGUACACCUCAUUUGUGGCCCAGGAUAUUGUAUGCUUUAUGUUUCCUUUUCCUGAGGACUGAUACAUCUGCACUGAAUGUCGUAAAGCAAAAAUAUUGCUGUAGGAAUCCUGCAAUGGCCAUUGUGUGUCUGUACAAAUUUCCCAUCUGUUCUUCCAGUUCAGAUUUUACUCAUGAGGGUUUUGAACUUCACAUCUGUGGUUAUGGACAUUCAUUAUGAAUGGUAAUUUGCCCCUGUUCUUAGGGUUGCAAGAUAGUAUGGUUUUAAAUAUUUGAUGGUAGGAAUGCUGGAAUAAGAACACAGUGUAUAUUUAUUUUAAAAUACUAGGUAAUGUUAAUAGCCAUAUAGAAAAGGACCAGUAGGGGUUGUCAUUAAAAGAUUAGCUUGUCUAUUUGCAAUUGAUCUGCUAGCAAUAGGCAGGCUGGUCUAUUAUUUUGCACUUUCUCUGCUAGCCAUCCUUAUGUCAUCUGUAAAGAGAAUCUCUUAUGCACAGGACAGGGAUGAAUGUGAUGUGAAUUCUUAGACAUCUUUAUAACCAUCCUCUCAUUCCAAGUAUUGGCAUCACAUAGGGAAGUUUCAGCAGCCAGGCUUUUAGGAGGCAGUUUCUCCAAGUUUAUAGCUAGUAUGCCUUCCAACAUGUGCACUAAUUUUCUGUGGGUACAGAACUACAUAACCACUUCAUGUGGAGAUUAUUAACCCAUAAACAUACCCUGUGUCAUCUCCUUUUGCUAGUGAUAGCUCCCAUUGGCCUUUGAUGGGAAGAUGUUUUUCAUGAUAACCAAAGGUUGAUUGAAGUUUCAAAUGAUGAAGCUAUCAUGCAGUGGAUCCAACCAUUAGACAAAUGGACACGACAGCCUGGAUAUUCUGCACUGGGAGCUUCAUGCUGCAGCCAAUCAUGAAUGUUAGGAUGGCACCAUAGAGAAAUCUUAAUUAUCCAGAGGUGAAUUUUUUUAACCAGAUAAGCUCACCAAAUCACAUUUAUUCUACCAGAGUUAACUGUUGGAAUAAAUGCACCCCACUAUAUUAAUGAUAGGAUUUUUUAUUGCUAUAUAUUUCUUUAGCUGAUAAUUAAUUCCUAUUUCCAUUGAAGUAUCUUUAUUGAACUCCAUACAUGUGCUUUAAUAAAUACAAGUAAUCAUGGCAGGAUUAUAGCAUAUUUCCACUUCAGGCAAUGGUUCUUUGAUGAAGAAGCCCGUUACAUAAACUCACUCAGAAUCCUGGUGAUCCAGAUUCAUUGCAUAUUCUAUAUAUAACUUCUUGUUAAUUAAGACUGCCCAAUAGCACUCCUGUUUAUUGAAGUUAAUAGGACUUGACUGUUAUCAAGACUAACAGUUGGAUAAAUCAAAUUAUACUGUGGUCAUCUUGCAGGAAGUCCAGUUUGAAGCAGGUUCCUCAGCAGAAAUUCUAAAUACACCUGUCUACAUGAGGGACGACAGAGAGAUUUAUUUAUUUAUUUAUCUUAUUUUGUGUUCAAAACAAACCUUCUUUUUAUCAUGAUUUGGCUGCUGGUUGAGCAUUGUAGAUCAAGAUGUUCCUUGCAACUAUUUCCAUAAUGGUGAUAAUAGCUGUUUAAAAAAUUAAACAUACUUGAGACAUCAGAAGGCUAUGUUUUUAUCCUGUUAAGUGGAGCUAGGAUGUCUAUCCUAAACUUUUCAGAGUACAUAUGGAAGCACAGACUGAUAGAAGAUGUAGUUAAUAUGUUCACAAUUUUUAAAAAUCCCCAUUCAGCUUCAGCAAGGUGAAGGGAUACAGCAAGUGCUCUUUGAAAUGACAACUGCGACAUCAGAAGGUUGCCCUCUCUGAGUUGCAUCUUCCCCGCCCCGCAAGAUUUGGUGGUGGUGGCCAGACACAUGAUAUGUGUUGGAAAUGGAACUGCUUACGCUAGGAAAGUAUUAGCUUUCCAAACAUCAGUUGUAAAAGAAGCAAAGAGGAAGCAAGAACUCCUGCUUUCACUAUAAUGUCCAUGUUGAACACAGAAUAGAGUCCCUGCCAAUGGUGGUGGUUGGUGUUUCCUUUGUAUUAGAUUGUGAACCUUUUGGGACAGGGAAAGAUUUUUCUCAUUCCUUUUGCUAUGCAAAUCACUUGGUGAAUUAUUAUUGUUGUUGUUGAAAAGCAGUAUAUAAAUAUUUUUUUGUAAUUUUAUUUUAUUUUCAACAAAUACAGCACAUUUAUAAAAACUGUGCAGCAAUGGAAAAGAACAAACAAUAAAAACUCAGAUAUAAGCCAGAAAUUAAGAGCCAUUUGAGGUUAUAUGCAAGUCCAGUGUUAAGAAGAGAUUGUCGGUUGCUGAGCAUGCAGGGACAACUUGAUAGGAGACCAUUGAAAACAAAAUUCAAGAAAGAACAUCAUUCCAAAAUUUCAUUUGAGUGGAUGGAGGGUUACAAACUGACCAUCCCUUAUUGACAUAUUCAAUAAAUGGAAACCAUAUUUC